AAGGGGGAAAUAUGCGUGAGGGGCGGCGCGCAACACACCUCCACAGACUGUCAUGGUCAGCUGGUGCACACAACAACAUCACCAUCAUUAUCAUCCACUGGGAAUAAUUAUUAUUGUUAUUAUUAUGCUGCUGCUACGCAACUGACUUCUUGAAACCAUGGAACUGGAAAAAUGGCCCAUAUUCAGUUUACUCAAACCAGAAUUUAUAGAGAAGAUCAAGUUGGCGUGUGUAUUUGGUAGUCUUGGUAAUGAAGCAGUUAUGGUAACUAAAGAUGAUGAUGUUUAUGCCCUUGGGUUCAAUAGCUCUGGAUGUCUUGGUGUUGGGGACCAGAACAGUACAAUGGAACCACGUAAAAUUGAACCUCUGUGUCAGAAAAAAGUUAAAGGCAUUGCAUAUGGAAGUGGCCCACACGUACUAGCAUAUACAGAGAGUGGGGAGUUGUAUUCUUGGGGACAUAAUGGUUAUUGUCAGCUUGGAAAUGGAUCUACUAAUCAAGGUCUUACACCAUACUUGGUUACCACUCACUUACACAAUAAACGUGUUGCACGAAUUGCUGCUGGCUCCCAUCAUUCUUUGGCAUUAACAGAAGAAGGCGAGGUACUAGCAUGGGGACAGAACAACUGUGGACAAGUUGGCUCUGGAACGACGACAAACCAGCCCACACCACGUAAAGUAAUUGCUAGUAUAGGAGGAAGACGGGUAGUUGAUAUAGCCUGUGGUCAGACUUCUUCAAUGGCUGUCAUGGAUAAUGGAGAGAGGCACGAAGUUGGAGGUCAGGGAGUAUUUUAUGCUACUGCAGUUUUGCUCAUUUUGAAACCUGUUUUAGCCAAGUCCAAUACUCAAACUACCCACAGCAUGGUUGUUUCUAUUGAGUGUCAAAGUGUAGUGGGUCCCCAGGAGACAGGAUUUAGUAGUCUUCAUGAGGUGUUUGCCCUCUGGGCCUCACCAAGUGUCACCUAUGAACCUCUCAGUGUUACAACCUUUACUCGUUCCUCCUUAGCACAAGCAAUGGCAUUGGCUUUAGAUGAUGAGGAGACUGCUGAUGUAGUAUUUGUGGUAGACGACCGAAGGAUUCGAGCUCAUCGUGCAGUCCUUAAGAUAAGAUGUCAAUAUUUUCGAAACAUGUUUCAAGAACACUGGAAGGAGAACAAUUUAGAAGAGGUUGAAGUCAAAGACUACUCAUUUGUUGUGUUUCGAGCAUUUCUACAGUAUAUAUACACAGAUACUGUCAAUGUUUCUCCAGAAGAUGCUAUAGGAUUACUAGAGUUGGCAAAUGCAUAUUGUGAGGAAGCCUUGAAACACCACUGUGAACGAAUAAUUCGUCAUGGCAUUACGACUGAGAAUGCUGCAAUGCUUUAUGCUGUUGCUAUAAAGUAUGAAGCUACUGAACUGGAGGAGUUUUGCUUCCGCUUUGCGCUCAACCACAUGACAGAAGUUGCACAGACAGAGGCAUUUAUGGCCCUUGAUGAAUUAACUGUAAAGAACUUCAUCCAGCGAGCAGCUCAACAUGGCGCAUUUAAGUACUGAUAUUCUAGCUACUUGUUGAUGAGAAUCUCGCAACAGCAGCAGCAGCCAAGGCAUGAUCACCACUCAUAACUUUACACAGAGUUGUGGUGUAGCAUUUGUUACAUCAAGGGUCAGGAAUGUAAUGGUCAGGGAUAUUAAUGGUCCAAAUGAUAGCCAUUGUAUUAAUUUGGAAUAUGUG